CAAUUUAGCAAAGUCAAUGCGGUAGGACAAAGGUGUCUGAUCAGAGCAAGAACAAUGGAGUGCAAAUGCGAUUCUGAAGAUGCUGCUACAGGCUGGCUCAGCAGUGGCAACAUCCAGAUGGGGGCCUUCACUGUGGUGGGCUAUCUCCUCUAUAGAUUUUCCCAAACUCUCCCAGCUCUAAUCAGAUGGCCAAUCCGCAUUUUCUGCUCCAUUACUGGUCUGUCCACACUCUGGAGCUGGGUGUCUCGUCUUAUUGGAACUCUCCGUGUAAUCAAGAGUCUAUAUAAGUGGUUGUCGCAAUUAUGGCACUUUCUUGUCAAGAUUUCUGCCAAAUUUAGCUGGCUCUCACGGAUCAUCAAAGUCAUUACAGGUGCAUCCGAUGACGACCUUUCUGAUCUACCUGGCCUCCGGAUUGUCCUCCUCAGACCGUGUGAUGGUCGACCGAGCUCCCUGGCUGACUUCCUACUGGGCUCUGCACCCACAAAACCAGAUACCUCUCCAGAACCGCCUUUACAAAGCUCCAGGAGGACAAUCAUUCUAAAUGUAGGCGAGAUCUCUAUCAUCGACACUCCAGCUCUCCCAGGACUGACACUGGACAACCUUAGCAGAGCACGAGAAGGUCUGAGAAGCAUCCAGCUCUCCAGCCCUGGCCCUCACGCCUUCCUCAUCGAAAUCCCCAUUUUGAACACCGAGCUCCACAAUGAUCUCAACCGCAUCACCCAAGCUGCCAUGGAACUUUACGGAGAUGAAGUAACAGAUUAUAUCAUCCCAAUUGUCACUCAUAAACACAAUCUAAGUCGAAGAAAGAUAGAGCACCUAUUUCAUUCACAACCAGGUAGCUACAAAAAGGGGCCGCUUAUAUGUGGACAAAAGCCAGAGGUGGUGAAUAUCAAUACCGAACGCUCUGUGGAUGACUUGAAUUCAACACGGAUACGGUUAUUAAAGUGUGUGGUGGAGCUAAAGAAGAUGAAGGGGAAUUUUGUGCAUGAGUUACAGAGGAGAGAGGACCGGGUCAGGGAGGAGAUGUUGAUAGACAUGGCUACCAUACUUGCAACCAAACUGGGACAUAUGUAGUGAAGUCUGCUUUGUGAAUGAAAAAAGGAAGGAGGAAGCGUAUGACAAGGAUCAGAGGUGGGCAGAGUAACCAAAAAUGUUACUCGAGUAAAAGUAAUGUUACUUCAAAAUAAUAUUACUCAAGUAGAAGUACAAAUUAGUAGUUCAAGAAAUUACUCAAGUAAGAGUAAAAUGUUAAUGUAAUUGGAAGGAAAAAAAAUGAAAACCUCAGUCAUACCUGAAGUGGUGCAAGAAACACAAAUGUUAAAAUCAUUCAAUAUUAUAAACCUAAAAUGUUUGUCCCUAGUGGACUUACUAACAAUAAGAAGAUUAACCACUGAAGUAAAAUAUUGUUGCUUUAAUAAAAAUUAAAAAGAUAUUACUCAAGUAGGAGCAGCAGGUAUGCUGCUAGAAAAGUUUCUUUAAAAGUAGUACUCAGUUACAUUUACUCAAGUAAAUGUAACUGAGUACUACCCACCUUCUACAAGGAUCUACUACUAAUGGAUGAUUUCUAGACUAUCUGAACUCAGUGAGGAUCCUCCAUUAUGGUGAAUGUUGUGUACAACAAAUUUACUUGAACUAAAGUCAUUCAGAUGUCUAUUCAAAACAGAUAUUCAAAUUAGAAUUUGCACAGCCCUUUACUUAGGAUAACACUGCUUUAAUUGAACUUGUUGUAAAAACAUACUUGAAAGAUAAGAAUGCAAAUGGGUAAAAAAAUAAACCAUAUGUCAGGUUGGAGCAAGUACUGUUCUGCAGGACAUGAUUUUGCUCAUAGCCAGUGACAGUAGCUAGUGAUGAUAGUCUAAAGCCCAAAAUACUUAAAGGCGCAUUAUAUAACUUUUCUGGUGGAGGGUCCACCACCAUCUUGUCUAUAUGGAGAACGUAUUGCUUCAUCUGGAAUGUUCCCUAAUAUGGCAUUAAACUUAUCUAUCUCCCUGAAGAUGAGCAGGUGACUCCACCAGGCCAAAAUCAGAUCAGAUCCGCACAGAGGCGAUCCCCCUUACACAACAAAUAUAUGUAAUGUGAAGUAAAACCACUUGUAAUUGAAAGAAUGUAAGAUAGAUUGGUUUAAUGUCAUACUGUGGAACAUUUCAGGAAAACCAAUAAUAUCACCAUAGACAAAAGCAGGUGCUGAACACCCCUCCAGAAAAGUUGCAUAGUGCACAUUUAAAGGAACUGUAUGUACCCUGAACUCUAAUGUUAAAAAACAAAACUACAAUCAUAACUGAACCUGAGUUGCUAGUGCCUAAACUUGCAGACAGACACAUACAUGUUUUUCUCAUUCUUAGUACAUAUACAGACCAGGCCUCAUGUAAAUGCUCAGAACCUCCAGAAUUCACUCUCUGUGCUGCAGAGGCUGCACUAGCACUGAGUCAUGGUUAGCUUUAAGUGCUGGAGUUUAGGUAGUGAGCAUUCAAAUGAUGUUUAUGAAUUUUAAAAUCAAAAUCAUACACACAAUUCCUUUGUGACCAAAAAUGUGACAAACUGAAUUUCAGAUGCCAAAACAAUACUGUGAAAUACUGUGAAUGCUGCCUGUUAGAGUAAGAUGUGUAGUAGAAUUGUAUCUAUUGCAAGUAAACACUUCUUCCUUCUGUUUUGCUUAAGCAAAGACCUGCCUAGAGCUUCCACUCAGUAAUGCCCCUUGCUGUGGAAAAAAUUACAGUUGUAGAUGAAAAGUAAUCCAUUUACGAAGCUCAGUGAGUUUUGCAAUACAGGAAAAAAGGUUUAUUGUUUGUUACAGCAAAUACAGACAGGACAGGGCCCAGGCCUGCCCUGGCCACAGACUGGUAGACUCCCGGCCCCUCCCCCAGGUCCCCUCUCCCUCUAAGUCCAAGUCUCAACAACCGAACCAACCACCCUGAGCAUCUGAGCUCUGACUAUUUUAUACCAGAAUGACAAUGCUACAUACAUUUCAAAGCAGAGUGACUUUUGUUUCACACCCAUACCCAUGUGAAUGAACUUUUACACUUAGACAGGUAGAACAACAGCGAGUUUCCUGUGGGAUGGAGACAGAGCUUCACACAUGUUAAUGUCUGGUCUGGGUCUGGCAGACUGACACAGAUCAAAUGCAUUUUAAAUACACAACAUGACAAUACUUAAAUUUCUAUCACACUUUCUCCCUUUUGAUUAUUCAUUAAUCAUACUUCAUAAACAAUCAUCACAAACAGAACAUGCACAGAAACAUUCAUUGUUGGAGAUGAAGUCAGUUCCAUUAUUGUUGACUGAGAUGGAGGGAAAUUCAACAGUUCAUUGUUGUGUUCAGUUCAGUUUGUCCUUAUUCAAUAUGAUUUGUAGUCAGACAGUGAAUGCUGUUUUAACAUGAUGGUGGCGGUGUUCAGUUAAAUCUUUCCCAUCACCUGUCCUCUGUCCCUUUGUCCUCCCUCUGACCACACAUGACUGUACUCUCCGUCCGCACGCAGCUUGGCGUCUCUCUGGCCGCAGCUCGUCUCUGGAGUUGUCCUUCAGCCCAUGUGUCGAUUUCAGGGCUGUGGUUGGGGACACGAGGAACAAGUCGAGUUCUUCUGAGUCACAUGAAAAGAAGUGAAUAGCUGAAUUUUUCUGAAGUUUUUCUCCGGUGACAUUGAAACAGAAGAAUGGUUUUAAUGAUGUAGGUCUGAUUCAGUCCAGGAGAAGAGCAUGUGUCCUCCUGCUCAAGAGAUGUUUUUGUUUCAAGUCCAGGUGGAAACUUAUCCCUGGUUUCAAGAUGUUGUCAGGUUACAGGUCUUGUAGUUAAUGGAACAGUCUCUAAAAGAUAACACUUUUUUCACACAAUUCAGUUUUGAAAACUAAAAUUGCAUUUGUGAUGUCCCCCCUUUGACACAUUUAUAUAUGUGUAUAUACAUGUGUCAAUUUUGGCUUAGUUAUCUUCUGCUGCAAGAGAAUAGUUAAAUUACUGUUGCUGAAAUAAACGUUUUGUGAAGCCCAAAACUGUUAUUGGUUAGUUGUUAGUGUUGUUAGUGUGUGAUUAUUUCAUAGGAACAUGUAAAGAAAAAAGAAGAGAAAUUAUGCAGCAUCCACAUCUCCUGUA